CUUGGAUCGAGGUCGGUGCUGUGUUUGUUAUAGCGCAUCUCGUGAGCGCCCUCCCAGUAAUCAAUCACAAGGCUGUUGCUUCUCUCUCUUUGUUACGGCAUAGAAAGCUUGACAUCAUUCGGCUGUGGUCUACUCUGCUAGAAGCACUUCCGAAUUAGCUAUUGAUAGGCUACUAUUUUGCAUCGACGUCGUGGAUCCAUUUGCUGUUCAACCUGCGACAUUUCUCAAUAUCGCCUUUGAUCUUCUUCAGGUUACGCCUUGAGAGGGAGCACAAGCACAUGGUCGUUUGGGGGUGUAUGUCAUAUGCAGCCUAAAUGCUGCAUUUGGAAAACAAGGAUUCCCUAUCAAAAAAUACAUCCAACAUCCUCCACCAUGCUUGCACCUGACAUGGUGGAUGGGCAACUCUCUGGUUCCCAUUGUGCCAUAGCAGGAGUGUCUAUUAAGGGGCUCUUUGCCCUUCUGGUCCUGACUCUCCUACUGCCUCCAGGAGCAAUGACCAGCUCCAAACCUAUCACCUGCCACAAAACCUGUUUGUGCGCUAGCAACAUCGUCAGCUGCUCCAAGAUGAACCUGACCGGAAUCCCCAUGACUCUGCCUCGCUACACCGCUGUGCUGGACCUUAGCUUCAACCAAAUCAGUAAACUGAAAGCUGAAUGGACCCCGGUCAAGCUCAGCAAGCUGCACAGUCUCCUGCUCAGCCACAACGGCCUCACCUUCCUCUCCUCUGAGGCUUUUCUGUACGUCACAUGGCUGCGUUACCUGGACCUGUCCUCAAACGGCCUGAAAAUCCUGGAAGAGUUCAUCUUCGAGCCCCUGGAGCACCUGGAGGUGCUUCUGCUUUACAACAACCACAUCUCCCAGAUCGACCGCACCGCCUUCUCGGGCCUCAACAGCCUGCAGAAGCUCUACCUCAGCCAGAACCAGGUCAAACGCUUCCCCUUGGAGCUGGUUAAGGAGAGGAACCGGCUUGAGAAGCUCACACUACUGGACGUGUCCACCAACCGUGUCAAACUCCUGCCCAUACAGGAGCUCCAGGUCCUGCCUGCCUGGAUCAAGAACGGUCUCUACUUCCACAACAACCCGCUGCCCUGCAGCUGUGAGCUGUACAGCAUGCUGGCCCGCUGGCACCUCCAGGAGCUCAGCUCCGCCACUGACUUCAGGGACGACCACACCUGUCUACUCCCAGGCACGCAGAAGGAGAAGGUGCUUACCUUGGAGCUUAACAAGGUCCAUCUAAAUUGCAGCGCUGUGACCAUCAUAGGUGAGGAGGCCUAUCUAGAGCAGGUUUUAAACCUGGGCUGUGACACCAGGCAGAGGGACAUGCUGAAGAGCUGGGUCUUGCCCGGCAAUGUGCAGGUGUCCUCUGGGAACCAAAGUGCUAGGGUCCUCAGCGAUGGCAGUCUGCAGAUCGGCCCCCUCACGCUAGAGGACUCUGGGGUCUACACCUGUUAUGCAGUAGGGGACUCCCUCAAUGAGACUCUGUAUGUGACUGUGGAGGUGCACAACACCACUCAGGCUGGAGGGCAUGAGGGUAUGAAGACGGCUUACACCACGCUGGUGGGCUGUCUGGCCAGUGCGGUGAUGGUGCUCAUCUACCUCUACCUCACACCCUGCCGCUGCUUCUGCUGCUCAGGCCAGGGCCUGGACAAGAGGGCUCUGGGAGACAGCCUCCACUCCUCCACUGUCAGCGUUUCUCCCACCCAUGAGGACACAGGCCCAGAGGGAGGCGGAGGAGGAGGGGGGGCCUUCGAUAAGCCUCCCUUCAACAGGCAUGUGGCCUUCCCGGACCCAAAGGGCCUGAUCGAGCAGAAUGGGCGACUGAGCCCAUGUGGGGAGGAGGAGGAGGAGUGGCAGGAGGAGGACAGAGGAAAGCAGGGACAGAGAAGAAAGUCAGAUGCGGAGUCUCUGAGCUCUGUGUGCUCAGACACCCCUAUCGUGGUGUGAGAGGGUGUUUUGCUUCAACUAGAAGAUCUUUCACAUCAAAACAUUUGGGGGAGGGGGGAGGAUGGGCGACUCAGCUGCCUCAGUAGGACUGUGACUUGAUUAUUAAGCAGAAAGAGGCUAUCCACUUCCCAUAUGCAUCAGUUCAGUAGGGCAAGUAGCUUUACGUAGUGGUAGUACACUAUCUUGUCUUUUAUAAGACAAGAACUUUCAACCAAAUGAGGAUUCAUUCUCACUAAUUUAUUCUGUAGCAAUCUGUGUUCAUCAAAUGCUUCAAUCUCUGUGUUAGAAUACCAAUAUUGUUAAUGCUUUCCAGUGAUAAGGGGCACAAAAACAUUACGAGUUGUAGCUGAAUUUAUGUAACCAAUCGAAGCAGCAUUAAAAUCUAUUUAAUGCAAUAGACACAACAUUGCUCCAAUACAUCUGUGCUGCUGUGAAGCCUGGAUCACCAGGCUAAGAAUAGUCUCUGUCACUUAAUCACUAUAAGGUGGGGAAUGCUAGUGGGACAGUGUGUGCCUGGGACAGAAAGGAUAUUUGUUAGCAGCCAAGCCCAGUCCUACCAAAGGGAGUUAUUGUGACAAUCCACUGAGUACUUCUGGAUAUGGGUUCAAGUCCCUAACCAAACGGACAAAUGCCUACUGGGCGAUCGUCUCAUAAACACGGUCAGAAAUAGCUGCCAGUAGUACAGCUAAUAUGCUAGCCCAUUUAGCGCUCCUGCCAUAGCUGAGCAUUGGAUGUAAACACAACUCUAGCACUGGAAGAACAGAUACCGUGUCAUCCUGUCAUUCACUUGUAUUGCUAAACAGACACAACUGCACCUAGAAGAUUAAGGACGGAUGUAGGUGGUAUAAUACAAAGGUCAUUGAUAUUAUGACAGCAAGAUGAGCUUGGGAAAAAUGGUCAACAAACAGUCAGAUGUUAAUUUUACCCAUCUGUUUAUCAAGGUGGUUUGAGCUCUUGUUUUGAAGCUGAACCUUAUGAUGUAGCUCUGUUUAGUCACCCAGUUGUAGGCUAUGGGGGUUUCUUAACGUGCUUCAUUAGAUAUUACCUAACCUUGACUGACAGCUUUUCAACCUGAGUAUCUCCGUCCCUCUUAACUUGAAAUCAGGUGCCAUUGUAAUUGAAGUACCUUGAUGGAGGCACUUACUGCGAUGCUGUUUUAGAGGGACCUCUUUGAAGACAGACUCCCACCUCUUAUGACCAUGUAUUCAAACCUAUAGUAUAAGCUGAAAGGCACUUUAUUAACUCACAGUAAAGUAGUUACUGAACACAAAUAACAAAAUAUGUGCCACUAACAUUUUCAGAGAAGACUUUCUUAUGCUAUCCAUUCAUGUCUAUCCAUUCUGCCUACUCAGGGUCAUAUAGUUUCAUAUGUAUGCGUACUGCACAUUAUCCAACUAUCACAUACUAUAUAUUAAUCAGAUGUUUAAUAUGAUGUAUCUCUACAGUAUUAAUAAUUAUGUGAAGAUGUUGCAAGAUACUGUGGAAGAGUUUUUGUAUACUAGCCAGAUAAUGUUAUAUGAGAAUAUUAUCUUAACCUAUACUCUUGUUAUGCUUUGAAGACCCUUAAAUUGGACAAUUGUCUGGCAUUGUAUGAUUGACAUGGUCAUUUCUGGUAGAAGCUAUUGGACCUCUGGCUCUUCUGUUUAAAGACUUAUCAUUUUUUCCAGGUGAAGAAAAUGUAUCAUUUAGGACCAAGCAAUGAAUUACUUCAAAUAUGCAAAGAGUAACGUGCGUAGUCUCCUAUGACACUCAUAAAGGGAAUCAGCUAAGUAAUUGUUAUAUGUAUCUAUAUGUAAAAGUAUUAUGUGUCUUUGUUGUAGUCAUUUCUCGUGAUGUUCUGCGUUUACCUACUGUACGUGUUACUUAGAAUACUUCGAAGUCUCUACUCACUGCAUAUUGUUAGGUCAAGUACAAAUGCAUUAAUCUGUAAUGACAGUCUUUUGUCAGAAUCUCUCUCCAAUGCUCUCAAAUGUCUUCCUGUUCAUCCACUGUACCUGUAACUGUCAACUGUAUUCACAACCUUAUAAAGAUCCAAGCCAAGAA